AUGUCAACAUCAACAUUCUUCCGCACCGCCAUCCAGUCUGCCUCUAGACACCGCAUCCUUAGACCGUCGUCGCAUCUGUCUGCCGUCCGCCAGUUCCACGCAACCUCGCCCAAAAUGACCGUCCACAACCUCCAGACCGCCGAGGCCUUCAAGGCCGCCAUCAAGGACAACAAGGUCGUCCUGCUCGACUGCUUCGCUACCUGGUGCGGUCCCUGCAAGGCCAUCGCUCCUCUCCUGGCCAACCACUCCAACGACGAGAAGUACAAGGACGUCUUCUUCGCCAAGAUCGACGUCGACGAGCUGCCCGACAUCAGCCAGGAGCUCGGCAUCCGCGCCAUGCCCACCUUCAUGCUGUUCAAGGACGGCGAGAAGGCCGACGAGCUGGUCGGUGCCAACCCCAACGCCCUGGUCGGCCUCAUCGAGAAGGGCUUGUAA